GUUGGCGCGCGCUUUACUUCGAGCAACUACUGCACACUGCACACGCGCUCGACAACAGCAAAGGAAAGGUAAAAGGGAAGUUCUAUUCCUCCUUGUCAUGCUGAUCGCAGUCCUCGUCCUCGCCAACAACACAAUCGCUGCUAUGCUUGAGACGGCGGCCACCGCCUGAAUGAUAUGUCCGAAGACGAGCAAAUGGAGACAGACACGCAAUGAGCUCUCUGUGUUGGGGUUCGGCAUUGCGGUGGUGUGUCCGACCCACCCCCACGGCGCAGCUCUCUCUCAUCGUGGUCGUCACUGUCGAGGCGUCUGCCGCCCCGGCCACGGCGCAGUUCACGCUCUUCCUCCUCGGUCAGGCGGCGGCCACCUUGCAGACAAACAAGACACGUAUACACGAGAAAGAAAGACGUGCCGCAACGCACCUCCCCCACGACGAAGCUCGCGUUCGUCCUCGUUGCCGUCCAGACGACGGCCCCCUGCACCCAGGAAGCCACACACACGUCCUCAGUGUGUAAGGCCUUCUGGGUGUGUUGUUUUGCCUGCCCACCACCACCACGUCUCAGCUCACGGCCCUCCUCGCCCUCCUCCUCUUCUGUGAGUCUUCUGCCGCCGCCACCACGGCGAAGCUCCCGGACUCCGUCCUCAUCAGACUCCUUUUCUUCGAGUCUUCUCCCACCGCCACCACGUCUGAGCUCACGGGCCUUCUCGUCCUCGUCAUCCUCCUCUCCAUCGAGUCUUCUGCCGCCGCCACCACGUCUCAGCUCACGGCCUUCGUCCUCGUCAGACGCGGCCCCUUCCUCCCCAGCGUGUUCUUGUUGAGCACGGAGUUCGUCACGCGUAGAGCCUUCUUCAGGCUGUGUCUGAAGAUCAACAAAUCCGUGCUCAAGGCCACUGGCGUUGAGGUAUUAGUGUUGAUGCCUACGUUGAGGCCACUGGCGUUGAGAGAGCUGGGGAAGGUAACCAAGGCAGGCACAGUGAGGAAGACAAGGCGAAGCUUCAUCGUGCGGUCGUUUCCCGAGGAAGAGGCCUCUGGGAAACCA